AUGUUUUUGAGUAAAAACUGUUUAGCAUUUCGUGGACAUCGAGAAUCUUUAAGAAAACCGGGUAAUCGUGGAAAUUUCUUAAAUCUUAUUGAUAUGAUGUCAAAAUACUCUCCAUGUCUUGCUUCAUACAUUACUCAAUUAGAAAUGUCGACAAAAAAACCCGAAGUUAAUUUUUUAACAAAAAAUCGUCAGAAUCAACUAAUUUCAAGCAUUUCUAACAGUAUAAAAUCAUUUAUCAAAAAUGAACUACAACAUUCAAAAUUUUUUAGUGUAUCAAUUGAUUCAACCUUUGAUUAUUCGAGAAGAGAACAAGUAUCAUUUGUUGUACGUUAUCUUCAAAUGAAUGGGCAAAUAUGUGAGCGUUUACUUGCUUUAAAAGAAUCAUCCAUAACUACUGGUCUUCGAUUAUUUAAGCUAUUUGAAGAUAUAUGUUCAUCUUUGUGCCUUGAUUGGCAAAACUACUUAGUAGGACAGUCCUAUGACGGAGCACAGAAUAUGAGAGGUGAAUAUAAUGGCUUACAGUCAUUCAUAAAAGAAAAGUGCCCUACUGCGACUUUUAUCUGGUGUUCGGCUCACCGAUUAAAUCUUGUUGUAGCAAAGACAGUAGGAUGCAGCUUAGAUGCUGUUGUCCUAUUUUGA